AUGUCUGAGCUCGCAGCUGCCGCUGGCGCCAGCUCACCUCCACGGUCUCCACCACUCGAACCUUGCGCAGAUGAGAACGAGGCAGCGAGGCGGUUCGCUCAAGCUGUCUCGGAAGACGAAUUAUGGCAAAGGAGCGAGCAGCGCCUGCCGUACGGCCACUUCGCUUACCCAACCGACCGCCCACUUGUCUGGGUCAAGUUUGGAGAGCCUUGGAGGCUGGCCGAGGCCGACAUGCAGAGGCUCGCCUGGCAAUGGCUCCGCAGUCAACGCGAGACGAAGCAAUGUAGUCCUGAUAUCCACGUUCCUGAAGUCUUCAGGACGUUUACCCGGGGCCCGCGGGCCUUCAUUAUCAUGGAGCUGGUGGACGGGACAGUGCUCGCCAAGUCGGUGUUCGCAAAGCCCAUGGGUUCUCUUCACCCAGUGGAGCAGUGCUUCGACCUGAUCGCCGAGGGAAUUCAGGUGCUACGGCAAAUGCCCGUCCCUCCAGACGCGACACCAGGCCCGUAUACGGCGGAAUACGGGCAUAGGAUUAUCAGGCAUCCGAUUUUCAAAGACCAGGCGGCUCGAUUCGUGUACCGCGACGUCGACCAACUGGAGCGUCACCUCAACAAGGUCAUCGCAUGCCGAUUCCCGCGCGGGGAAGCUCCAACACUUCAUCUCGAGAGGCAGCUUGUUUUCUCGUAUUGCGAUCUGAACGACGAGAACUUCAUGUUCAAGAGAGACGCUAACGGUCGUCUUCGCCUCUACAUCGUCGAUUUCGAGCACGCUUCCUUCCUGCCACUGUGCUUCCUCGCCUAUGCCGUCCUACGGCACUCCCAAUGGUGGAGCCAGCCGCCCAUCGCCGAAAGAAUCGGGGCCACAUUCCCGGACACCAACCUCGACCUUCUAGGACACGCCGAUUAUGUCUUCAAGGUUUUCGUCUGGACGUCCACUGCCAGCACCCUGCACCGCUCGGCUUGA